CUCUCUCUUUUUCGUCGUUUAGUGCAUUUGUGUUUCCUUGGAGGAAUCAGAUCAAAAAUGGCGACUGUUCACGCUGCUUUUCCCGCGGCGAAUGCUUCUUCUUCUUCGGGAUCGAGUUCUACAGUGACGGCGUCGUUAUACGUCGGAGACCUACACCCUAGCGUAACCGAUGGUUUACUCUACGACGCGUUCGCCGAGUUCAAGAGUUUAGCCUCUGUUCGUCUCUGUAAAGAUGCCUCUACUGGUCGUUCGCUCUGUUAUGGUUACGCUAACUUUCUCUCGCGUCAGGAUGCUAACCUUGCCAUCGAGAAAAAGAAUCACCUUGUGUUGAAAGGAAAAAUGAUUAGAGUAAUGUGGUCGGUUCGUGAACCUGAUGCUCGGAAAAAUGGGGUUGGAAAUGUCUUCGUAAAGAAUCUGCCUGAAUCAGUCAACAAUGCAGUUUUGCAAGAUAUGUUCAAAACAUUUGGGAACAUUGUGUCCUGUAAGAUUGCAACACUUGAGGAUGGAAAGAGUCGGGGAUAUGGUUUUGUUCAAUUUGAGCAAGAAGAAGCUGCACUUGCUGCUAUUGAGAACUUGAACGGUACCAUUGUUGCUGACAAGAAAAUCUAUGUUGGAAUAUUCAUGAGGAAGGCUGAGCGAGUCAAACCGGAGGAAAAGUACACAAACCUGUACGUGAAGAAUCUAGAUGUAAAUGUCAGUGAGGACUCUCUAAGGGGAAAGUUCUCAGAGUUUGGGAAAAUUGUUAGCCUAUCAAUUGCUAAGGAUGAAAAUGGAUCCUGUAAAGGAUAUGCAUUUGUGAACUUUGACAAACCAGAGGAUGCAAGACGGGCAACGGAAACCAUGAAUGGAACACAAUAUGGUUCAAAGAGUUUGUAUGUAGGAAGGGCACAGAAGAAGUCAGAACGGGAGCAACUGCUAAGGGAACAAUUUGAAGAAAAACAAAAAGAACAGAAAAUGAAUGCGAAGGUGUCAAACAUAUAUGUGAAAAACAUCAAUGUUGAUGUUUCUGAGGAGGAGCUGAGAAAACACUUUAGUCAGUUUGGCACAAUCACUUCUGUAAAGCUAAUGUGUGAUGAUAAAGGGAAAAGCAAGGGGUUCGGAUUUGUGUGUUUCUCAUCACCUGAAGAAGCUAUUGAUGCUGUGAAAACUUUUCAUGGGCAAAUGUUUCAUGGGAAACCACUUUAUGUAGCUAUAGCUCAAAAGAAGGAAGAUAGGCAGAUGCAAUUACAGGUUCAAUUUGGAAAGCGUGUGGUAGCAGGAGGGAGCAGUUCCACAGCUUCUGUCAUACCAGGGACAUACCCUUCGAUCUACUACGAUACACAUCCCGGAAUGGUCUGUCAAUCAUAUGCCUCGCCGUGGAAGUCUGUUAACCUGAUCAAUUCAUCAUACCCUAACUUUCAAGUAGUCACAUAUCCUCCAACGGUUGCUAAUGCGCCAGGAAAGAAUAAGCAGAACAGAAAAGGAACGUUGGAUAGAAAUGCUGUUUCGUAUAUGCCACAUAUGUAUCAGUCCACUCAAAUGCUACCUUUGUCAAAAGAUUUUUCUAACCAGCAGCAUAACAGAUCUUAUGUUCACGGGAAAGAUAUGAAGAAACCAAUCCAACAAAGACAGUCUGGUACAAUUGAGAAUGAGAAACAAAUGCUCGGAGAGCUGCUCUACCCUCAUGUUGAGAAACUGGAGCCCCAACUUGCCAACAAAAUUACAGGGAUGCUUCUGGAAAUGGACAAGUCGGAAUUGGUUGUUUUGCUGAAAUCACCAGAAGACUUGGCUGGUAAAGUUCAUGAAGCGUUUGAAGUUCUGAAGUCAUCCAAGACAAAUCUGACCAGUCCAAACACUCUUCGUUCUGAUUACUUGGCGUCUGCCGUUUCUGGCAUCUCGAUUAAGUGACGAGCAAAAUGGAAAAAGACUAUUUACUUCGUUUGCUACAUAAAACUCUUUUGUGUGUGUGUGUUUUUAAUACAAUUCAGUUCUGAAAUUUGCCA